CUUCUACUGUCUCAAAAACCUGAUAGCGGCUCAAUUAACCUUUAUCCGAAGAGUCGACUGAUGAGCGCGACUGUGGUUAUGGCGCCUGGCCGUCCGGCGCCGCACUUAGUUUCCCUUCCCAGCGUCUUUCUCGCCGGAACCACCAGUGACACGGGCGAAGCCGACUGGAGACAAACUCUGACGGAGGCGCUAUCUGGGCUUUCCAUCACAAUAUACAACCCUUACCGCUCUGACUGGGAUGCCACCUGGAGAGAGGACAUCUCCGACAACCGCUGGGUGGAGCAGGUACACUGGGAGCUCGAGAUGCAAGACAAGGCGGACAUCGUCGUUGUCUUCUUCCACGGAGUCAGCCUGGCACCCAUCAGCAUGUUGGAGCUGGGCAUGUGCAUUCGAUUCGGAAAGGCCAUUAUAUGCGCCAUGCCAGAUUACCUUAAGAGAGGCAAUGUGGAGGCUGUUUGCCGGCGAUAUGGAGCUACGUUUGUGAGCUCUGAACAAGAUCUGAAGGAUGCUGUGACGGAGAGGCUAAAUACAAUCAUUGCGGCACGGCUUGGUUGAUAAGGCAAUGAUUCGGAUACAGAAUUCUAUCUCAUGGUUCAUUCUUGGGAUUAGCUGCAUCUGUUCAAUUUCAUCGACCGCAUGUUCAUCGAAGUAGACAUGUCCUACCUACCUACCUAGUAGUCAUUGAUGGAACAUACACAUCUAAC